AUGGGGCGCGGGCCGGUGCAGCUGCGGCGGAUCGAGAACAAGAUAAACCGCCAGGUCACCUUCUCCAAGCGCCGGAGCGGGCUGCUCAAGAAGGCGCACGAGAUCUCCGUGCUCUGCGACGCUGAGGUCGCGCUCAUCGUAUUCUCCACCAAGGGAAAGCUCUACGAGUACUCCAGCCAGGACAGUAACAUGGAUGUCAUUCUUGAACGUUACCAGCGUUACUCAUUCGAAGAAAGAGCUAUAGUGGAUCAAAAUAUUGGAGGCCAGGCAAAUUGGGGAGAUGAAUUUGGAAGUUUGAAAAUAAAACUUGAUGCACUCCAGAAGAGUCAAAGGCAACUCUUAGGUGAACAAUUGGACCCACUGACCACAAAAGAACUUCAACAAUUGGAACAGCAGCUAGAUAGUUCUUUGAAGCACAUAAGGUCAAGAAAGAAUCAGCUUCUGUUUGAGUCAAUAUCUGAGCUUCAGAAAAAGGAGAAGUCACUUAAAGAUCAGAAUGGCGUCCUGCAGAAGCACCUCGUGGAGACAGAAAAGGAGAAAAAUAACGUUUUAUCGAAUAUUCAUCACCGAGAGCAGCCAAAUGGAGCAGCAAAUAUUCAUCGCCAGGAGCAGCUGAAUGAAACAACACAUAUUCAUAACCAGGAGCAGCUGAAUGGAGCAACAACAAGCUCACCGUCACCUACACCAGUGGCGGUCCUAGAUUCCGUGGCAACUCUAAAUAUUGGGUCAUCUCAAUCUAGGGAAGGAGCAGGAGAGGAGCCAGAAUCUCAGCCGUCACCAGCACAAGCAAAUAGCGGCAAGCUACCACCAUGGAUGCUCCGCACCAUCAGUAACAGAUGAUGAGAUGAAGGGUUCCGACGGGGCCUUGCGUGACUCCACUGGAAGGCGAUCUCGGCGCCUGACUGUCCAUCAUGGAAGCUAGCUGCCGGUGUGAAAUCAUCCAUAUCCAACGACAGAUCCCGGCGUAGCCACCAAUAAGACCAUGUGUCUUUGUUACAGGGUGAAUGGGGUCUUCCCGUUCUUUAGCUUUUCUGCAUUAUAAGACACUGCGUCUUGUUUCCACGUUUCCUCCCUCUUUUUUUCUCCGAUUGAUGAGCUGUGUCUUGUGAUUGGAGUUUGUAUGUAUGUUUUAACGGAGUGGUAUGUUUCACGUGUUGUGACGGUUUGUGUAUUUAUCUGCUGUAAGAAAACGA